AUCCUUCUUUCCUUGUAUUUCAGAAUGCUUCUAUUCAGCAAGGUUGCAGUUGUGAUUUUGUCCAUACAGAGCUUUUCACAAGUGGAUGGGUUGACGUGUUUACAAUGUCGUGGCGUCUCAUCUCCCCGACUGUGCAAACGUGUGGCGGACUGUGGGGCGGGGGAGGUGUGCACGGUUGAAGAAGUGGUUAACGAGUUUGAGGAGACUGAGUAUCAUUUGGGGUGCAUGUCAGAAAACGUAUGCCGAAAUUCCUCAAGCACAGAUGGGUCCACAACGUGCACUUAUUGCUGUAAUAAUGACAUAUGUAACCACGUCGGGUGCGGCGGACCAGAUUACCCAGUCAACAGAGGUCCUGUGUGCUACAACUGUGUCAACCCCUACCCCUCUGGUCGUUGCCAUGACGUCGAGUUCUGUGCACAGGACCAUGAAUGUAAGGUGCGAGGUGACAUUGUUUUUGGAAACAUGACCUUCACUUCCACGUGUGUGCUCAAGGACACGUGUACUGGAUCUAACAUUUUCGGCAAGCGAUUCAUUGACGUGGCCGGUCCUCGGUGUGAAACAUGCUGCUCGACUGAUGUCUGCAACAGGGAAUGCAAACAAAUCCUCCAGUCAACCACCACAACAACUGCAGGACCCACAACGUCCGGCCUUCCUGGAGGUGGUCUUGUUUUCCAGUGGGUUCAGUCAGUUCUAAACUUUUCAUCCGAGUACUCUAAUCCGAA